CUCGACUUUCAACCACGAAUAGAUCUGUCAAGCAUCUCACCUUCCUCUCAGCAGGUGGAUGGACGGGCUGAAUCAUCAAAACUGAUCCAGCUUGCUCUCUUGGCCAAAGCAGAGAGCGAGCCGUACGAGUGAAUGGUAAGAAACCUACCAAUACACCUCCGAAAGGCAACAGACAAUUCAUCGUUUUCAUCGUGACAGUCACCUUCAGCCACCUGAGCGCAGGAUGGCUUCAAUACCACCUCCUCCACCUCCAGGUUGGAACGCUGGGCCACCACCUCCUCCUGGCAUGGCUCCGCCUCCACCUCCACCGGGAUAUCGCCCUCCCAUCGAUCCGCAAAUCGCAAAGUUUGCGCAGAAGAAGAAAGAAUGGCUCCGGACGCAGCGCAACCGAUUCAGCGAGAAGAGAAAGGGCGGUUUCGUUGAGACGCAGAAGGCUGAUAUGCCGCCGGAGCAUCUGAGAAAGAUUGUCAAGGAUAUUGGUGAUGUCAGUCAGAAGAAGUUCAGCAGUGACAAGCGCAGUUACCUGGGAGCCCUGAAAUACAUGCCUCAUGCUGUGUACAAGCUACUUGAGAACAUGCCGAUGCCAUGGGAGAGCGCUAGAGAAGUCAAGGUUUUGUACCAUGUCAAUGGUUGCCUGACACUGGUCAACGAGUCACCCCGAGUAAUUGAGCCAGUCUUUCACGCGCAGUGGGCGACAAUGUGGGUGUGCAUGAGAAGGGAGAAGAGCGACAGAAGACAUUUCAAGCGUAUGCGUUUUCCACCUUUCGACGAUGAAGAGCCUCCUCUUUCCUGGUCGGAGAAUAUCGAGGACGUCGAACCCCUUGAGCCUAUCCAGUUGGAAUUAGAUGAAGCCGAGGACGGUCCCGUCUAUGAAUGGUUCUAUGAACAUCGACCUCUGCUGGACACGCCACAUGUCAACGGGCCGAGUUACAAGAAGUGGAAUUUGACGCUCCCGCAGAUGGCCACGCUGUACAGAUUGUCUCACCAGCUACUGAGCGAUGUGGUCGACAAGAACUAUUUUCACAUGUUCGAUCGAGCGAGCUUUUUCACAGCGAAGGCGCUGAAUGUGGCUAUUCCUGGUGGACCACGCUUCGAGCCAUUGUACAAGGACAUCGACCCCAACGAUGAAGACUUUGGCGAGUUCAACGCGAUCGAUCGUAUCAUUUUCCGAGCACCAAUUCGGACGGAAUACAGAGUGGCAUUUCCAUAUCUGUACAAUUCUCUGCCUCGAAGCGUGAAGCUUUCAUGGUACUCUCAUCCUCAGGUUGUCUAUGUUCGGGCAGAAGACCCAAAUCUUCCUGCGUUCUACUUCGACCCUGUCAUAAAUCCUAUUUCAUCACGAUCGGUCGCGCCAAAGAAUAUCACUGUCAGCCAUGAAGACGAGGUCUUCGGUGUUGGGAACAACGAGGAUGAUGAGUUCGAGCUGCCUGGGAAUGUCGAGCCCUUCCUUGCAGAUGAAGAGCUAUACACUAGCGAGACAGCGUCUGCGAUCGCCUUGUGGUGGGCACCUUUCCCGUUCGACCGCAGAUCUGGCAAGAUGGUCAGGGCUCAAGACGUGCCGUUAGUCAAACAAUGGUACCUUGAGCACUGCCCACCUGGCCAACCAGUCAAAGUCAGAGUAUCAUACCAAAAGCUACUGAAGAGCUAUGUUCUCAAUGAGCUCCACAAGAAGAAGCCAAAGGCUCAGAACAAGCAAGAUCUUCUGAAGACGCUCAAGCAGACCAAAUUCUUCCAGCAAACCACCAUCGACUGGGUUGAGGCUGGUUUGCAAGUUUGCCGACAGGGUUUCAAUAUGCUCAACCUGCUUAUCCAUCGCAAGAACUUGACAUAUUUGCAUCUAGACUACAAUUUCAACCUCAAGCCUGUCAAGACCUUGACAACCAAGGAACGAAAGAAAUCGAGAUUCGGCAAUGCCUUCCACUUAAUGCGUGAGAUUCUGAGAUUGACAAAGCUCAUCGUCGACGCUCAAGUACAGUAUCGGUUAGGCAACAUCGACGCCUUCCAGCUUGCUGACGGUAUCUUGUACGCUUUCAACCAUGUUGGACAGCUUACGGGUAUGUAUCGGUACAAGUACAAGCUCAUGCACCAAAUUCGAUCGUGCAAGGAUUUAAAGCACUUGAUUUACUACCGCUUCAACUCCGGUCCCGUCGGCAAAGGCCCUGGUUGUGGUUUCUGGCAACCGGCGUGGCGCGUCUGGCUCUUUUUCAUGAGAGGUAUCAUUCCUCUCCUGGAAAGAUGGCUGGGCAAUUUGCUGUCAAGACAAUUUGAAGGCCGUCAUAGCAAAGGUGUAGCCAAGACAGUCACCAAGCAGCGUGUCGAAUCACAUUUUGAUCUGGAGCUGCGUGCUUCGGUCAUGGCUGACUUGAUGGAUAUGAUGCCUGAGGGUAUCAGACAGAACAAGGUUAAUACUGUGCUCCAGCAUUUGUCAGAAGCAUGGCGUUGCUGGAAGAGUAAUAUCCCCUGGAAAGUUCCUGGCCUGCCGGCCCCAAUCGAGAACAUCAUCUUGCGGUACGUCAAAAGCAAGGCUGACUGGUGGAUUUCUGUUGCACAUUACAACCGAGAGAGAAUCAGGAGAGGUGCUACCGUCGACAAGACUGUUGCGAAGAAGAACCUGGGCCGUCUGACAAGAUUGUGGCUCAAGGCUGAGCAGGAGAGACAGCACAAUUACCUGAAAGAUGGUCCAUAUGUGUCGUCUGAAGAGGCUGUGGCAAUCUAUACCACGACUGUCCACUGGCUCGAGUCGCGGAAAUUCUCACCCAUUCCCUUCCCCAGUGUGUCCUACAAGCAUGACACGAAGAUUCUUAUCCUGGCGCUCGAGAGAUUACGAGAAGCAUAUUCCGUCAAAGGCAGAUUGAAUCAGAGCCAGCGAGAAGAGCUUGCCUUGAUCGAACAAGCUUACGAUUCACCUGGAACGACUCUUGCCAGAAUCAAGCGUUUCCUCCUGACCCAGCGAGCGUUCAAAGAAGUUGGCAUCGACAUGAACGACAACUACAACUCGAUCAACCCUGUUUACGAUAUCGAGCCAAUCGAGAAGAUCACUGAUGCAUAUCUCGAUCAGUAUCUCUGGUAUCAAGCCAGCGAACGCCGUCUUUUCCCGUCUUGGGUGAAGCCUUCGGAUUCAGAAGUUCCUCCGCUGCUGGUCUACAAAUGGGCUCAAGGUAUCAACAACCUGACCAAUGUUUGGGAGACUGCAGAUGGAGAAUGCAAUGUCAUGAUCGAGACUCAGUUGUCGAAGGUCUACGAGAAGAUUGAUCUGACAUUGCUCAACCGUCUUCUGAGACUGAUCAUGGACCACAACAUGGCUGAUUACAUCACUUCCAAGAACAACGUCCAGCUGAACUACAAGGACAUGAACCACACCAACAGUUACGGCCUCAUCAGAGGUCUGCAGUUCUCAGGGUUCGUCUUCCAGUAUUACGGUUUGGUCAUCGACCUACUUUUGCUUGGUUUGCAACGAGCCAGCGAACUUGCUGGUCCGCCUGCAGCUCCAAACGACUUCUUGCAGUUCCGAGACCGGGAAGCAGAGACCAGACACCCUAUACGAUUGUACACACGGUACAUCGACAAGAUCUGGGUAUUUUUCAGAUUCACGGCGGAAGAGUCGAAGGAUCUCAUUCAGCGCUUUUUGACUGAACAACCAGAUCCUAAUUUCGAGAACGUGAUCGGCUACAAGAAUAAGAAAUGUUGGCCUCGUGACUCCAGGAUGAGGCUCAUGAGACACGAUGUCAAUCUUGGUCGCGCUGUCUUCUGGGAUCUGAAGAACAGAUUGCCUCGUUCGAUCACGACGAUCGAAUGGGAUGAUACUUUUGCGAGCGUGUACUCGCGCGACAACCCGAACUUGCUGUUCUCCAUGUGCGGCUUCGAAGUCCGGAUCUUGCCCAAGAUUCGAAACCAAAACGAAGAGUUUCCUAUCAAGGACAGCGUUUGGGCGCUUGCCAACAAUGAGACGAAGGAGCGCACGGCAUACGCGUUCUUACAGGUCACUGAAGAAGACAUUCAGAAGUUCAACAAUCGGAUCAGACAGAUCCUGAUGUCUUCCGGUAGUACUACUUUUACCAAGAUUGCCAACAAGUGGAACACAACAUUGAUCGCGCUCUUUACAUACUACAGAGAAGCUGCUGUUUCCACCGUCAACCUGCUGGAUACUAUUGUGAAGUGCGAGACGAAGAUUCAAACUCGUGUCAAGAUUGGCCUCAACUCCAAGAUGCCUUCUCGCUUCCCGCCGGCGGUCUUCUAUACCCCCAAAGAAUUGGGUGGUCUGGGAAUGAUUUCAGGUUCGCACAUCCUCAUUCCCACCAGCGACAAGCGAUGGUCCAAGCAGACUGACACGGGCGUCACCCAUUAUCGUGCCGGUAUGACACACGACGAAGAGACUUUGAUUCCCAAUAUUUUCCGUUACAUCAUACCCUGGGAGGCCGAAUUCAUUGAUUCACAACGUGUCUGGACUGAAUACUCGCAGAAGAGACUCGAAGCUCAGCAACAAAACCGCAGAUUGACACUCGAAGAUCUUGAAGAUAGCUGGGAUCGAGGCCUUCCCCGAAUCAACACAUUGUUCCAGAAGGACAGAAGCACGUUGAGCUUCGACAAGGGUUUCAGAGCCCGCACCGAGUUCAAGCAGUACCAGCUCAUGAAGAGCAAUCCGUUCUGGUGGACUAGUCAACGACAUGACGGUAAAUUGUGGAAUCUAAACGCCUACCGGACCGAUGUCAUUCAAGCCCUUGGUGGUGUUGAGACCAUCUUGGAGCAUACUCUGUUCAAAGCGACGGCAUUCCCAUCGUGGGAGGGUCUCUUUUGGGAGAAAGCGAGCGGUUUUGAGGAAUCAAUGAAGUACAAGAAACUCACGAAUGCCCAGCGAAGUGGUCUGAACCAGAUUCCGAAUCGUCGGUUUACUCUCUGGUGGUCGCCAACCAUAAAUCGAGCAAACGUUUAUGUCGGCUUCCAAGUCCAACUCGAUCUGACUGGUAUUUUCCUGCACGGAAAGAUACCUACUUUGAAGAUUUCUCUAAUUCAGAUCUUCCGAGCCCAUUUGUGGCAGAAGAUUCACGAGUCUGUUGUCAUGGAUUUGUGUCAAGUCUUUGAUCAGGAAUUGGAGCAACUGGGCAUCGAGACUGUCCAAAAAGAGACGAUUCACCCCCGAAAAUCAUACAAGAUGAACAGCUCGUGUGCAGAUAUUCUCUUGUUUGCCAGUCAUAAAUGGAACGUCACCCGACCUUCGCUACUUUUCGACACCAAAGAUCAGAUCGAGGCGACGACUACCAACAAGUUCUGGGUGGACGUACAAUUGCGUUACGGCGACUACGAUUCUCACGAUAUUGAACGCUACGUCCGAGCCAAGUACCUCGAUUACACGACGGACAGCAUGAGUAUCUAUCCCUCAGCCACUGGUCUGAUGGUCGGUAUUGACCUGGCGUACAACCUCUACUCUGCAUACGGACAAUACUUCCCUGGUCUGAAGGCCUUGGUCCAGCAGGCCUUGGCUAAGAUCAUGAAAGCAAAUCCGGCCUUGUAUGUGCUACGCGAACGUAUUAGAAAAGGUCUCCAACUGUACGCCUCUGAAAGCACCCAGGAGUUCUUGAAUUCCCAGAACUAUUCGGAAUUAUUCAGCAAUCAGACUCAACUGUUCAUUGAUGAUACGAAUGUUUAUCGGGUCACCAUUCACAAAACAUUUGAGGGCAAUUUGACGACGAAGCCGAUCAACGGAGCGGUAUUCGUGUUUAACCCCAAAACCGGACAACUCUUCUUGAAGAUCAUCCACACCAGUGUUUGGGCGGGUCAGAAACGUCUGGGACAGUUGGCCAAAUGGAAGACGGCUGAAGAAGUUGCGGCACUCAUCAGAUCCUUGCCCGUGGAGGAACAGCCCAAACAGCUCAUCGUCACGCGUAAGGGUCUGCUUGAUCCGCUGGAAGUUCAUCUGCUCGACUUCCCCAACAUUUCCAUUCGAGCUUCGGAAUUGCAAUUGCCUUUCCAGGCUGCCAUGAAAGUCGAGAAGUUGGCCGACAUGAUCCUUCAAGCAAAGGAGCCACAGAUGGUGCUGUUCAACCUUUACGACGAAUGGUUGAAGACGAUAUCGUCAUACACAGCUUUCUCACGACUGAUUUUGAUCCUUCGAGCUCUGCAUGUCAAUACCGACAAGACCAAGUUGAUACUCCGUCCCGACAAGACCGUCAUCACUCAGCCACAUCACAUCUGGCCCACGCUGUCCGAUGAAGACUGGGUCAAGGUCGAAGUAUCACUCCGAGACCUCAUCUUGAACGACUACGGCAAGAAGAACAAUGUCAACGUCCAGUCCCUCACCAGCAGCGAAGUAAGAGACGUCAUUCUUGGAAUGGAGAUUUCUGCUCCGUCCAUGCAACGACAGCAGGCCGCCGAGAUUGAGAAACAACAACAAGAACAGCAGCAACUCACCGCGGUCACGACAAAGACUCAAAACGUGCGUGGCGAGGAGAUCAUUGUGACCACGACGUCUCAAUACGAACAACAGUCCUUCGCGUCCAAGACCGAAUGGCGCACUCGAGCCAUUGCCACCACCAACCUGCGCAACCGCUCCAACAACAUCUACAUAUCCAGCGACGACAUCCACGAAGCCGAAGACGCCUACACGUACAUCCUGCCCAAGAACAUCCUCAAGAAAUUCAUCACCAUCGCCGACCUCCGCGUCCAAGUCGCCGGAUACCUGUACGGUUCUUCCCCGCCGGACAACGACCAAGUCAAGGAGAUCCGCACGAUCGUCAUGGUUCCUCAAGUCGGCAGCACGCGCGAAGUCCAACUGCCCCACCAACUCCCUCAGCACGAGUACCUCAAGACCAUGGAACCUUUGGGCAUCAUCCACACCGCAUCGGGCAACGAGCCUUCCUACAUGACCGCCGCCGACGUGACGCAGCACGCUCGCCUGAUGGCGCAACAUCCAAGUUGGGACAAGAAGACCAUCACUCUGACCGUGAGUUUCACGCCUGGUUCCGUGUCUCUGAGUUCCUGGACCCUCACGCCCGCCGGGUACACGUGGGGUGCCGCCAACAAGGACACGCAAUCCGACAACCCUUCGGGCUUUUCGACGAGUUUCGGCGUCAAGACGCAGCUCCUCCUCUCGGACAAGAUCAAGGGUUAUUUCCUCGUGCCGGAGACGGAGACGUGGAACUAUAGUUUUAUGGGCGCCAGUUUCUCCACCGUGGAGAAGAGGCCCGUGUACGUCAAGAUCGAUACGCCGCGGCGGUUCUACGAUGACCGGCAUCGGCCCAUUCACUUCAGCAGUUUCAAUGAGUUGGAGGAUAUCUGGGCGGACAGGGAGGACGUUUUUGCUUGAGCGUGUGCGUUAGCCUGUGCGUAUGGACAAUGAUUGGGAUGCAGUUAUGUAAAGUAGCAUUCAACAGGGAAAUCCAUUAUUUGGCACCAGAGAUGAGAUACCAACAGCUAUGGAGUCCGUUCAAUUUGCGGUUGCAAACGCUAUCGAUUGAGAUGUUGAUGUCUGACAGGGUUGACAGCAAUUCGAGGCGCUGCCAACAGUAGAUCCCGUUUGCAGCAUCGACAAACGUACCGCAGGACCUCCGUGAGAGCAGAAACCAGGUACAACUUGAAAGAUAUCA